AUGUCCAACCUGACAAGACUCUCUGAAUUCAUCCUCUUGGGACUCUCCUCUCGCCCCGAGGAUAAGAAGCCACUCUUUGCUCUCUUUCUUGUCAUAUAUCUGGUCACCUUGAUGGGAAAUCUGCUCAUCAUCUUGGCUAUCUGCUCUGACCCUCAACUCCAAAACCCCAUGUAUUUCUUCCUGAGCAUCUUGUCCUUUGCCAAUAUUUGCUACACAACUGUUAUCGUCCCCAGGAUGUUGGUGAACUUCUUAUCAGAGACAAAGACCAUUUCCUAUGCUGAAUGUCUGGCACAGACAGAUUUCUUCCUAGUCUUUGGAAACAUGGACGGUUAUCUCCUAGCAGCUGUGGCCAUUGACCGCUACAUGGCCAUUUGUAACCCUUUCCACUAUGUCACUGUUACGACCCACAGAUGUUGUGUGUUGCUGCUGACCUUCUUCAUAGCUUUCUGUUACCUUCACUCCCUCUUACAUGUCCUCCUGGUGAAUCAGCUCACCUUUUGUGCAUCAAAUGUUAUCCAUCACUUUUUUUGCGAUAUCUACCCUGUUCUGAAGCUGGCCUGCUCUUCUACCGCUGUCAAUGAAGUUGUCGCCAUGACAGAAGGGCUGGCCUCGGUGAUGGCCCCCUUUGUCUGCAUCGUCAUCUCUUACCUGAGAAUCCUCAUUGCUGUCCUCAAUAUUCCCUCAGCUGCUGGAAAACGCAAAGCCUUCUCCACCUGCAGCUCCCAUCUCACUGUGGUGACGCUGUUUUAUGGGAGCAUUAGCUAUGUCUACUUCCAGCCACUGUCCAGCUACACUUUCAAGAACCGGAUAGCAACCAUCAUUUACACUGUAUUGACACCCAUGUUGAACCCGUUUAUCUACAGUUUAAGAAACAAAGACAUGAAACGGGGCUUAGAGAAAUUGCUAAGCAGGAAUAAGUCUCAAAUGGAUAGGCUUUCUACUGCAAAAGCCAACAGAACCCUUGGACCCUGA